AUGUCAGAGUGCAAAGAGAUCUUUAUCAAAGGAAUUCAGAAAUUAUCAAAGAGUGGAGCUAAGGAAUUACACAAGCUCGUCCCAAAGGAAUUUCUUAGCAAAUAGCUCAUCAGAGGUGUACCAAGUCAUUGCCAAGAUCCACCACGAUCCUGUAGCGAUGUUUAAUCUUGAUUUUGAUAGACUGCAAAGUCUGGUAAAAGAUUUUAAAAUUAAGCGAUUUCACACAAAUCUGUAUGACACGCUUGAAACUAUUGAUUCUUUCUAUAACCCCAAGAUUGAAGAGUCUAAAGUAGACAGCCCAAUCGUGACAAGGAAUAGAAUCAGUGUUCUAGAUUUUAUGAUCUUGAUCAUUUUGCUAAAUUCUUGGUCUUUAGGAGAAAAAAUAGACCUCCUGUUGAUCCUGUACGAUAUGCAAGCAAAAGAUGAGUUAAAUCUUUCAGAGAUGCUAAUCAUUCUGAAAUCUGUUCUUAGAGUUACCAAGUGUUUUGAUGACAUUCCAAACGAAAAUCUUGAGACCUAUAUCGAGAGUCUUUGUUACGAAUUUAUUCACAUCACCAUUGAUAGGUUGGUCAAAGAGCAAAAAAGAAUUAGCGAGGGAAAUCAGAGCGCAGAGAGUGAUAGCUUUACUCCUUCCUUUCAUCAAAAUAAGAGAGACCAGAAGAUAUCCAGGAACAAAUAAAUUAAGCUACACUUCUAUUAAAAGGUCUUCUAAAGGAAGUGUCGAAGGCUUCUCUGGAAUAGAGAGCAUUCAUGACAAAUAAAUUCAGAAUUUUCAAGUGGAAGAUGCUCCAGGAAUAUAAAAUGAGCCUGGUCUAUAUCAAAGAAAGGUUGAUUGAAUCUACAGAAGUUCUAUUGUUCCUCAACGUGUUUCAUCCAAUCCAGACAUGCGUGUUUAAUUGGGGAUUCAAUGGGUUUCAACAACUUGGAGAAUUUGAAUCGACAAGUAUCCAUAGAAUUUACUCGAACUCUAAAAUGAAUUAUAUCUACAAAGGGACAAAGAUAUCCUCUCAUAGUCUUGCUUAUGGGCAAAGCAACCAAAAUCAUUUUGAUACUUUGAUGAAUAUGUCGGAAGAGGAUGUUAAAAUAAUCGAUAAGGAGGAAAAUGAGAAUCAUGUAAAAUCAAUAUCAGAUCUUACAGAGAACGACACCAUCAUUAAGGUAAAAGAGCCAAGAAGUUAUGAUAGGGCUAAGACAAUGAAUUUCCAGAACCAGUUUCGAUACUUGGAGAACAAAUACCCAAGUCCUUCUUCGAAAAAUCCUCAUGGAACUUUUGGGAUACCUCAGAAUAAUCCUAGUUAUUCAGAGACUUACUCUAUAAAGCGAGUAAAUAGACCUUCUCCUAUAGGUUCUGAGGAAGCAUUUGGGAAUUUUUAUAUCAAGGGAGAUUCUCAUUUCAUUAUUUACCCUCCAGUUGAUUAUUUUGAGAACCAAAGUCCUGAGAAUGUACAGCAAAUUGAACGUCCUAGAGUCAACUACCAACUUUUGGAUAAGAAGUUGGUCUCCUAUACUGGUCGAAGAUACACUAAUUUCUACCUCUGUAUUGAUGGAGAAGUUUUCUCCUCCUCGAAGGAUAAUGAGAUCGAGGAAACUGAGACCAAAACAGAGAGUUGUGUUUUGAAGCAAUUUCCAACAACUGAUCAAAAAUUUAUUACAAUUAAAUCUGGUCUAAGGCAUGGAAUUGCUCUAUCGAGCUCUAACAAAGUAUACACCUGGGGUUGUAAUAGGCUAGGUCAACUUGGAUAUGAUUUCCAAGAUCUUCGUGAUAAAAUUAAAAUAGAUAACGACCAGAAUACUUGAACAGCAUUUCAAUAUUUCACAAAGCCUCAGCCAAUUCCUUUCUUCACAAACAAUCUGCAAAAAUUUAUGGUUAAGAAGAUUUCUUGUGGGGAUAACUUCAGUGUGGCAGUAACAAAUUCUGGAAAAAUAUUUGGAUGGGGAGACAACACUUUCAGCCAGCUUGGCAUUGACAACUCAAAGUCUGGAUCUCUGUAUCAGACAGAAGCUCAAGAUGCCUUCUUCUCCUAUGAGCCAGUCGAGAUCAAAUGAUUAGAGAACUCAAAGCAUAUAUUUGAAGGUAUAGUUGAAGAGGAGUGUAAAAUUGAUUCAGUAUAUUGUGGAUCCAAUUACACAUAUGCUGUAUCUAAAGAAUACAAGAUUUUCUUCUGGGGUUGAAGUAAUUACGGGCUGAACCUCAAACCUACUUGUGGGAUUGAGAAAACGCCUUUACACUUACAUGGAUUAGACGCUAAGAAAUUUUCAACAAUGGCGACAUACUCAAAUCACGUAAUCGCACUAGGACACUCCAUCCACCUUGCCUUCACUCAUCCUUCCAUGGGGGACACUACAUUCUCUUUUCUUGGUAUUCCCAACGACUAUGGCGUAAUGAGCAUAGAAUUCUUCCGCUUAGAGAAGGAAGAGGUAUUCGUCAUAGAUGAUUACGACCUACCCUACGUCCUCAGAAAGCACAAGAAAAUGAAGGGUAAAAUGACUUCGAAGUAUAAAUAAAAGACUGCUCAUAAAAUUAGCCAAGAACGACCUCGACUUCAUCAACUUCGACAUUGACAAAGACCAAGAGGAGGAAGAAGAAUCUGAAGAAGAAACAAGUUCUGAAGAAGACGAUGACGAUGAAGAAGAAGAGUCUGAGUCUGAAGACGAAGAGAAAAUCAAGAAGAAAACAAGAAUAGUCAAGAAGAAGAAGUCCAAAGAAAUCGGACAUGAUGAGAGAAAGACUAAGAUGGAAGAAAUCCAAGCUCAGAAAGAUCGUACAGCAACAGGCGUGCUCAGCAUUUUUAAGCUGAAGAUGCAAGAAAGCUUGAAAGCGAAUAAGGUAUCGGAAGAUCUUGAGCUGUCACUCGAGGAGCUGGAUAAAAACAGACCGGUCAGAACCUUUAGAGAGGAAGCGAAGCAAAAGGCAGAUGAUGAAAUCCGACAAGUGGCUGAUAACCAGGCUAAUUUGUUCAAACUGAGUCUUAAUAAAGAUAAGUGGUAUUAUAAGGAAAUGACUGAAGUUGAUGUCAUUGCGGAAGCCCAUUCGGUGGAGGAAGUGUCUACUGUGAAAAAUAGCCUCACCUCUAGAGUAGAUAAUGACAUUAACAUUCCUGAAGACCCUAAAGGAAUUCUUAAAGGGUCUAAUAAUAAAGAGAAGCCUAUAAAAGUACAAAAUAUAAAUUUCUCUGAUGAAGGAGCCAAUCAGAAGAAGCCUAAAAAAAUUCAGUUUUCAAACAGAGGGGAAGAUAAAGCUCAGCCAAAGGAAGAAACUAAGAUAGAUGAGAUGGAUGAUGAGUCGUAUGAAGGUGAAGAAUCUGAGAAGGAGGAGAAUGGUGAGUCAGAACCCUCAGAUAUCGAAAUAAAUUAUGAACCUCCAAAAAUUCCAGCUAAAAAGAAGCAGAAAUACUUUGAAAGAUUUGCUAGGAAGAAGAAUUAUGAAAAUAAAGUCUUGCUUGUAAAUUAUCAACAUGAAGAGGACCAUGAGUUCUUCCUAAAGAAGUUGUAUUAUCUGUAUACCCUUAAACCAAGAAUGGUGAUUAUUUCAUAUGUUGAUAGCCUUGAAUAUCUCAAACCGUACUACCUCAAUAAGCUUGCUGAAUCAAAUGAUGUAAGAGUUGUACUUGUGAAGCAAUCUUUAAAGCAAGAUCUUAUCGAAGCUAUGACAACGAUGGUUGGAAAGAAGAAACUGAGAAGGAAAAUAUUAGAUGGAAUCUUACUCACUACAGCAAUUGUACCUGAUAGCCUUCUUUAUUCAUGGGGAUGUGCCAGUCAUGGAAAAUUAGGAAUUGGGGAUCCAUUAAUUUUAGAAAGCAAUUCUGAUUUCCAGGUCUCUUGUCCUCAAAAUAUGACAGUUGGAUUUCAAAGAGUCAUCGAUAAUUCUCAACAUAAAAGGAGUGGAAAAAGAGAUCCAAAUUACUUGAAUUACUUAUACACUUAUGUCCCUCAGAUAGUUAUGUCAAACUAUGGAAUACAUUUUAAAUCUUUAGCAUGUGGUAGGAACCACUCAAUGGCUCUCUCUGCAAAAGGAAGAGUGUAUCUUUGGGGUGAUAAUUCUUAUUCCCAGUUAAGUAUCUAUCAAAACAGCACACCCCAUAAAAAUCGUGAAAAUACCACACCCCCUAGCUUGAGGAUUGGCCAAAAGAAUCGAAACCCUAACAUUAGCCCAGAAGGUUUGAGCUCCCGAAACAAACUUGACUCCCAAGACACCUCCCAUGGCUCUUUCAGCAAGGAAUCAAAGAAGUUCCAGUCGAACUACAUCAGUACUCCAAUGCUGCAUCCCAAAUUUGGGCAGUACAGUUUCAUCCAGAGCAAGGAAAUCUUCUGUUCAGAAUACACAUCUGGGUUAUUAUGAAAUAUAAAACUAUAAGUUCUCUAAAAAGUCC